AUGAGCGACCAGAACGUCGUCAAGGAAGGCUGGGUCCAGAAACGAGGUGAGUACAUCAAGAACUGGCGACCGCGCUACUUCCUGCUGAAGUCAGACGGCUCUUUCAUCGGCUACAAGGACAAACCGCAGGACUCCGACCUGGCUUACCCGCUCAACAACUUCUCCGUAGCAAAGUGUCAGCUGAUGAAGACGGAGAGGCCCAAGCCGAACACCUUCAUCAUCCGCUGUCUGCAGUGGACCACCGUCAUCGAGAGGACUUUUCAUGUCGACACACCUGAUGAGAGGGACGAGUGGGCCGAGGCCAUCCAGAUGGUCGCAGAGUCCCUGGCCAAGCAGGAGGAGGAGGGCAUCCUGUGCAGCCCCACCUCUGCCAUCGAGAACGUCAACGAGGAGGAGAUGGACACCUCCAUCAGCCACUACAAACGAAAGACAAUGAAUGACUUUGACUAUCUGAAGCUUCUGGGCAAAGGCACUUUUGGGAAAGUCAUUCUCGUGAGGGAGAAGGCAAGCGGCACCUACUACGCCAUGAAGAUCCUAAAGAAGGAAGUCAUCAUAGCCAAGGAUGAAGUUGCUCACACGCUCACAGAAAGUAGGGUAUUAAAAAACACUCGACAUCCAUUCCUAACUUCUCUGAAGUACUCGUUCCAGACUAAAGAUCGACUGUGCUUUGUCAUGGAGUACGUCAACGGAGGAGAGUUGUUUUUCCACUUGUCAAGAGAAAGAGUAUUUUCGGAGGACCGCACCCGUUUCUACGGCGCCGAGAUCGUCUCCGCUUUAGACUACCUACAUUCUGCCAAGAUCGUCUACCGUGAUCUGAAGCUGGAGAACCUCAUGUUGGACAAAGACGGACACAUUAAGAUCACGGACUUCGGCCUCUGUAAAGAAGGCAUCACCGACACUGCCACCAUGAAGACUUUCUGCGGGACACCAGAGUACCUCGCUCCUGAGGUGUUGGAGGACAACGACUACGGCCGGGCGGUGGACUGGUGGGGUUUGGGCGUGGUGACGUACGAGAUGAUGUGCGGCCGCCUGCCGUUCUACAACCAGGACCACGAGAAGCUGUUCGAGCUAAUCCUGAUGGAGGAGAUAAAGUUCCCACGAACCCUGUCGGCCGACGCCAAGUCGCUGCUGUCGGGGCUGCUCAUCAAAGACCCCAACAAAAGGCUGGGCGGCGGACCGGAUGAUGCGAAGGAGAUCAUGCGACACAGUUUCUUUGGCACAGUCGACUGGCAGGACGUCUACGACAAGAAGCUGGUCCCGCCCUUCAUGCCGCAGGUCUCCUCGGAGACGGACACACGCUACUUCGACGAGGAGUUCACAGCACAGACCAUCACCAUCACUCCGCCAGAGAAAUAUGACGAGGACGGGAUGGACGCGGCGGACAACGAGCGAAGGCCUCAUUUCCCACAGUUCUCCUACUCAGCCAGCGGGCGGGAGUGA